AAAUCCCCCAACUUAUUGUGGGAAGCUUGUGGAAGGCUACCUGAAAUAUUUGACCCACGUUAAACAAUUUAAUGGCAAUGCUACCAAGUACUAAUUGAGUGUAUGUAAACUUCUGAUGCACUGUGAAUGUGAUGAAAGAAAUUAAAGCUGAAAUAAGUCAUUCUCUCUACUAUUAUUCUGACAUUUCACAUUCUUAAAAUAAAGUGGUGAUCCUAACUGACCUAAGAGAGGGAAAUUUUACUAGGAUUAAAUGUCCGGAAUUGUGAAACUGAGUUUAAAUGUAUUUGGUAAGGUGUAUGUAAACUUCUGACUUCAACUGUAUAUGCAUUUGGUACCAUUUGAAAGGAAACAUUUUGAAAUUUAUGGAAAUGUGAAAGGAAUGUAGGAGAAUAUAACACAACAGAUCUAGUAAAAGAUGAUACAAAGAAAAAAAACAAUUGUUUGUACAAUCUUUGAAAUGCAAGAGAAAGGCCAUAAUGUAUUAUUCCAGCCCAGGUGCAAUUUAGAUGUUGGCCACUAGAUGGCAGCAAAGUUUAGACUGAUCCAAUGCAUUUCUGUUUUUGUUUUUUUAUCAAGACUGCCCAAAUGUACCUCAUUUAUUGAUGAAUAACUUUUUCAUGUUCAAAAUUGUGCUUUCUCCGCAUUAUUUCACUGUAGUAGCUACUAUAAAUUGUACAGUGCAGUUAGAUUAACAACAAUUUAAGCUUUCUGCCAAUAUCAGAUAUGUCUAUGUCCUGGGAAAUGUUCUUGUUACUUACAACCUAUUUCUAAUCGCAUUAGCCUACGUUAGCUCAACCGUCCCGUAGAAGGGACACUGAUCCUGAAGAAGUUUUAAUGGAAUGGGAUCAAAUAAAUCAAACACAUGGUUUCAUGUGUUUGAUGCCAUUCCAUUUGCUCCAUUACAAAUAUUAUUUUGAGCAGUCCUCCCCUCAGCAGCCUAGUCCACAUUUUUGUUAUAUAACUAAACCAUUAUGUCUGUGGUACUGUAUCUGGACAAGCCUGAGAUGCGUUUUGUUCGCUUGAGCGUUUGCUAUGUUGCGGAACGGUUUGUACUGAAUGACACGUUUACCCAAAACGUUCUUGAACCGACUGAGGUACGUUUGCUCCGGUUUGGUGGGUGUGGCUUGAAGUAAUGAGUGUAUUUAAAGGGCAGUGGUACUGUUGACCGCGUUCCCCAACCAAAUACAGUACAGUAUGACAACCCGUCCCCGUUCUUCAACUGGUCAUUCAGUACAGCAACGGUUCCGUUCAAUUGAGUGUUCCAGAAAGUAAAUGCCUACUGAAGGCAGCCCUGCCGUUUCAUUUGUUUGAGUGACAACUGGAAAAGCCAAUAAAAUGAACACGCGGCAUCUCCUAUUGUCCAAUCACCUUAUUGGGAAAGGGAAUAUAUGUACCAUUGGCUAUACGAACGACCUGGAUGUAAAAUUAGUACGAAGUGCAUUCGGGGGGAAAUGGUUUUAAUGUCUAUGAGAAAAACCCAUAAGAGCAUUCAGCCGUGUUGAUAUUCUCUGGAAGGAACUGAUUUUUUUUUUGUUGAUUUGCUGAAGUUUUCUCGUAUGAAAGAUUGGUGCAUGCAAUGGCAGGAGCAGUGGUAAGUUAACUUUGUUUAUGUGCGUUGCCUUUUUUUUAUAAUAGGUUAUUGCAGAUUCUCUGCAUUACAUGAAAACAAGGGGCAGUUUUUCUUUAAAUUGCUAUCUGACAGGCCAAUACUGCCAAACCUGUAUCCCCUAUAAAUAAGGUUGAAGACUCUACAUUUGACAGUAGGCCUAUAUGUUUUUAAGGGAGUGUGACCGUUUUCUUCCCACUUGACACUGCAAGACUACGGCUGCAAGGUAAGGCUAGCUAUAUCUUUACGCCUUUGUGGCAAACUGAAUAGAGGACAUAAGAUAUCUCGGUGCAAGUCUCAUGUCUAUUCUCUCUGUUCCUCUUUUUCUAUAGUGGAUGAGAAGAGGAAAGCCAGGUCCACUCCUGCCAUUCUGUCAGAGAUUGUCAAGGAAGAGGGGUUGUUAGUUAACAAGAGCUCUGUCUUUCUCUCGUUCUGCUUUCUCUCUCUGCUCUUUUAGCCUUUUUGUAUUUGAACAGAAUCACCUGAGGUUGUGUCUGUCCCCCUGCCUGUCCUCUCUGCAGGCUGGCGCCCUACAGGGGCUGGCUCCCAGUGAUCUGCAGUCUCUGCUGCUCCAACUUCAUCUACUUCUACUGCUUCCACAGCCUGAGAGCCAGCUGGCUCCGGGGACACAAGUCAACUCCAAGCAGAGACCUGCUAAUGGGCACCGCUGCAGGUGUAGUGAACGUGCUUAUGACCACUCCGCUGUGGGUGGUCAACACACGGCUCAAGCUUCAGGGAGCAAAGUUCCGCAAUGCAGACCUCCGUCCCACUAACUACUCAGGCAUCAUGGAUGCCUUGGUGCAGAUCAUUGAGGAGGAAGGGGUGGGGGCCCUGUGGAACGGGACAUUCCCCUCUCUCCUGCUGGUGCUCAACCCGGCUGUCCAGUUCAUGAUCUAUGAGGGCUUGAAGAGGCAGAUGAGAAGCUUGGUUCACAGAGAGCUGUUGUCUCUUGAGGUCUUUCUGAUUGGUGCCAAAGCAGUGGCCACCACAGUCACAUACCCACUACAGACUGUACAGUCCAUCCUGAGGUUUGGUCAACACACGCAGCACACAGGCGGAUCGCCACUUGUCAACAGCCUGAGAAGUGUGAUGCACCUGCUGAUCAAUAGAGUGAGGAAGUAUGACAUGCUGGGCCUGUUCAAAGGCCUGGAAGCUAAACUCCUACAGACUGUCCUGACCGCUGCCCUCAUGUUCCUGCUCUACGAGAAGAUUGCCAGCAGCACUUUCAGGGUCAUGGGAGUGAAGAGGCCUGCGUCCAGCCACUAGCCUGUCUAAAUGGGUCCCCUACCAUCGAAGGAAUAUUUGGGAAGGAAUGGUGCCUUGAUCUAUGGAACCAUGGGGAUCCCUACAGCACAGAGAACAGUCCGCAACACAUUGCCAAAUCAACAGGGGUGCCUUCAGGCCAAGCUGACGUUAAAGAGGAGGAUUUUGAGGUGGAAAUCAUAAACAGCAGAGACCAACAGGAAAGACCAACAAUAAUUUUAGACGGUAAGUUGUUAGAGGUUUUAAUAUGAGAUGUUUGAAUUGCCUGGCUGGUGUAGUGCUAAAUCGCAUAGGUUUAACUGUAUGCUUUUGAUGACAUGCACAGUUAUAAGACACUGUGACCCUCUCUUAAUUGGUCAUCGUGGAGGUUGGACAUUGUUUUUCAUGAAUAGGUGGACAGGCAAUCGAAGCCGCAACUCGUAUGUGUAUUCUUCUUUUUGUAUUUUCUCUGUUGCUUCAGGAGAUGACGACUUAUUGGACAAUGGAAGAGAAGGGCCCUCCAAUGAGUAUCCAUCCUUUGAUUCCUUCCGCCAGGACAGGCCAGGGAGACGGGAUAAACAGGUACUGGAGAUGUCAACUACGGAUGUCUCCACAGGACACACUUUACGUUUCAUAUCCAUCGACGGAGUGGAGGAGGAAUAUGGCGAACAUGUAUUUCCCAUUGAGGACGAUGAGACGAACGAGUUCCUACCAGACGAUACCGAGCUGUUGCCCAACGAAGGACAAGAUGAACACAUCACAAAGCCAACGUAUGCAAAGAAGUCUUUAGCAAAGUCAAAAAGCAAAGCUGGAAAGACUGCUGGGAAGACUAAGACUUUCAGUUACUUUAAUAGGUUUAACUUGCACUCCCAUAGUAAAUCCGACACAAACAAGUUAAGUUGUGUGAUUUGUAAGAAGACUUUCUUGCGGCAGAACCAUCUGACGAUGCAUAUGAAAUCUCACAAAUCGCUGUACUGCAGUGUGUGUAAGAACUGUUAUCCUGGGAAAACUCAGCUCAAAAAACACAAGUGUGUUGCUCCCGAUGAUCUGGCCUCGAACAGCUCGAAGUACUUUUGCCAUUACUGCGGCAAGUCUUUCAGCUGUCCGUCAAGCCUGAGGAUACACCACCUGGUGCACACGGGAGAGAGACCCCACACGUGCACUGUCUGCGGGAGAGGAUUCACACAGAAGGGCAAUCUGAAAUGUCACAUGCGCCUUCACACUGGUGAGAAACCGUACAAAUGCCUCACAUGCGAAAUUGGUUUCACCCAGAAAGUAUACCUCACUCAGCACUUGGCCAAAGCUCACGGUCAAAAGGAAGAUAAUAAGAAAAAGAAGCAAGUGCACAAAUGUUCUAAGUGUCAGUUGUCUUUCGUCAAUCAGCAACUGCUCCAAACACACAUGACUGUUCAUAAAAAUAAAUGAAGUAUUUUUGGUUGAUUGCAAUACUCUUGACUUAAAGGGGCAAGCUGCAGUUGCUACAUCUAUUUUGGGACUUAGAAAUUAUGUACUCAUUUAUUGUUGAAGAAUAUAACUUAAUGCCUCAUGAGCUUAGUUGAAACUGUUGUACCCCAUCAGAACCCAACAUAAACAAAGUAAAUAAACACAUUUGUUAUUUAGCAGACGCUCUUAUCCAGAGCGACUUACAGGAGCAAUUAGGGUUAAGUGCCUUGAUCAAGGGCACAUCGACAGAUUUUUCACCUUGUCAGCUCUGGCAUUCGAUCCAGUGACCUUUCGUUUACUAGGGCAACACUCUUAACGACUAGGCUGCCACCCUAAAUAGCCUCAAAACAUGGAUAAAACUAUCAUUUUGAUGGUCAGUCCUUGCAUCGAUAGCUCUAUGAAUUUGAGUUGUUAGCCUACAUUUCUCCAGGCCCAGCCCUCAGCUUUUUACCGAAAAGGGUGGGGAGGCCUCUUAUCUGAACCGCUGAUUGCCCCUUUAAAGGAUUGUGUGACUGCUCUGCUCAAACUGGAGAACCAAAUAGUGUAUGUCAUACUUCACAAUAUUGGAGCUACCUUAACGUCACCUAGCGACCUUGUCAAGGGGUUUGGAUCUGGACGCUGGACCUGGGAGUCCGUCGGGAGACCCCCCCCCCCCAAAUACACUACAGUAUGUUGUAGGCUUUAUGUCCGAAUUCGCUACAACACUAACAUGUUAUGAUUUACCUACAAUAAAAGUAAAUUGAAGUUUUAUUUUGCAAAGAAUGUGGCGCAUGAGUAUUGCACAAUUCAUAAGUACUGUAAUGUUUACCUACCACUAGCCUGUUCUAUAUUUUAGGCUCAAAGAAUUAACCUGCCAAUGUUUGAUGGAAGAUGGCACUGUAUCUGCAUUGUCCUCUAUACGUUGGUACAAAUGACAUAAGAUAUCAUUAAAUGGAUGUUUUCAA